AUGGCAAACCCGAUCUUCGACCUUGGGUCGUUAUGUUCUAGCCCGAUAUUGUACGGAGAAGGCGAAGAUUUUCUGGAACAGCCUGUAAACACGUUCUUCGAUGAAGAUCUAAAUUUCGAUUUCAUUGACGCUUUUGAAGACGGGUUCUCGAUAUCUGGGAACGCAAGUGAAAUAUGGAAAGGAGAUACUCAUCAUAAAAAAGAUUGGCAAUUUUCAGUACAAACGCCGACCUUGCCGAUUGCCCAGACAAAUGGCGAAAGCCAUGUGGGAAGGACAUUUGAUAUCCAGGCUCAGAAUACGUUCUCGGGUGAUGAAGGUGUAAACGGGAAUGAUCAGGUGUCUCCUAAAGAAAACAGCAUUAAGCGUUGCACAUAUACUUCCGAAUAUACAAAUACCAGCGCAAAUGAAGAUAAAGCGAGCGAUGAGGACACAGCCUUAAGGACUUUGUCCAAAAAUGCAAAAGAAUUGUCUAAACAUGUCAUAUCACAAAGCCAAACGGAACUGGCUGACAGAAUGUCUUUGUCAAAGAGUGGUUUUAAUAAAAGUCGCAUUACAACAAACAGCCAAGCUGAUAUUCGCUCGAAUACCACAGAAACCGUUUCAGUAGAUGAUUCCAUACAGAACUUCGAGGAUAACACUUAUAUUAGCAGCAAUGUUAAUGAAAAACCAGCACUUAAUAAAGAGACAUUAUUAUCGCACGGAAGCGAACACACAAUGAACACCAUUGGCGCAACCAAAGAGAAAACGCCAAGCACAAAAGAUUUAAAGAAAUUGGGCGAUGCUCCUUUCGCACCAAAACAUUCAGGUUUAAAACGAUGCGUGGUUCCUAAAACUUUUUAUUCACCGUUUUGGAAACCGGAUAAAAGUACACCCAAAGGCGAUAAAUCGUUGGAAGAUAGUUUCAUAAACACACAACGUAAUGUAGAUAUAUUGUAUUGUUGUAAUUGCAAAUCGCAAAAGCCAUUUUCCAGGUUCGUCGCAUCGAAACCUCUAAGUUCGACCACGAACGCUCACAGGGAUCGCAAUGAUUACGUUGAUUUUCUUAAACGGAAUUCGACGCUGGAGCCACAACGAAACUGCCAUAAAAAAGGCCAGAACAAGACAAUUAAUGGAGAAACGUCGAGUAAGAUAACUUUUAAUGAGGUACACAAUGAAGAAAAGUGGAUUUUGCCUCCAAUUUACACAUCAAAGACACUUCGACAAAAAGCUGUCAGAAAGAGAGCCAGCGAAUCUCUUUAUUUGAGCUCACUUUCGACGGCAUCUGUCGAAGGAUUGAUCAAUAAAUACAAAGGGAAACAUCUAGAUCUUGUGGAACAGCAAAAAAGAUAUCAACUUAAGCCUUUCAGAUAGUAAACUGUAAAAGAGAUGGUACCCUAAACAGGGGUAAUGAUUCAUUUCAUUGAGACCUGUGCAGUUAAUUAUAGCGUUAUCUAUAAAUUAGCAAGUACUUUCAGACGCUUAAUGAACAUUUUAUUUUAGAAUUUUAGUACGUUAAGACUCGUUUAUUUGUUGAAGAUAGAACGCCGGCAUUCUACAAUACAACUGCUAUCGUGUAGUUUAGUUCAUAAUGAUAUCCCCACGUAAAGGGAUUCGAUUGUCAAGCCAACUGUUUUCAUCUGGUCUUCACACACUCUGUAAUGCGAUUUGCUCUGACAAAGCGCCAACGCUCAAAACGUCAGCUUUGAAAACUCUUUACGGCGGCUAAUUUACAUUAUCAAGUCAGUUGAUAAAAUCAAAUGAUUUAGUUAUACCCUCACCGUCGCAUCAUGGCAAACUUACCCCCUUUCAUCACAUCCUCUAUUUCAAAUUAUGGAUUAAUAAACAAGCGCCUGCAUAAUUUUCUUUAUGUUAAACUUAUCAAUCAUGGAAUUAAGAAAAUUCUAUUUUCAUU